AUGUUCAGCUAUGGAGAAUCCUUAUUGAGAUUUCAGAAAUUCCAUUUUGGAGAUACCAGACAUCUGAGCUUCAAGUUUCUCAAACGAAAAGAAUGGCAGCAAGAGCUACAACGACUUGAGGUAUCAACUUCAAGCUACAAAGGUGCAUCCAAGCCAGUGGAUAGAGCCAUCGCUGAACUUCUCGAGCUUGUGGUGGCCGUCUUCAUCGACUCUUGGUACAAGAACAUAUCUGACCAUGAAGGUUUUCAAGAGUCACUUCGCAAUGAGCUAUGGCACAUCAUCGAGGCACUCAAGUCCCACCUCGCUAAGACUGACAUUGCCGAUUUGGUAUUCAUUAAGAUACUCCCGAUGAUAAAUCUUCAUUUUAAAGACUAUUCCACGGAGUCGGUGCCUUUGCUUUUUAAUUAUCAACUCGAGAACAAGUUGAAAGCUGUGCGAUCUUCUGGAAAGACCCUUCAUGAGGGAGUGUCACUUUCUACGAACAAACUGAAUUUUGAGCAGGAGAAAGCAUACUUGAGAAAAAUUACUGCAAGAUUGCUACCUCUGGUCCUCAAUGAAGGGGAGAGGCAAAGCUCGGUGGUUUCACUGAUCCUUCGAGAAAUCCUUGCGUCCACUGUUCUAUUUAACGUGGUGGAGAUGUUAGCUGAGGGUGACUUUGUUAAUCAAAUGAUUGUAAAAUUCAUGGGAGACAGCCUUCAGCGUCGCAGCCAAGUCAAACGCCUUCGUGCUGCGUUGGAACAGCAUACCCGUCAAACUGACGAACAGCAAGAUACCGCGUCUCCACUCCCAAGUGUUUCUGGCAAGUUCACGGAGGCAAGAUACCAACACUGUUUGGCUUUCAUUGACAAGGCCACAGAAGCUGAUCUUGUGGAGCUUAAAGAUCGCUUGACUCAUUCCAUUUCUCAGCACAGUGAUACGCAUAGCCAAGAGUAUCAAUCUAUGCUUGAUCUUGUCCAGCAAAUUGCCAAUAAGCUAGCAAAGCCUAAGCUUUCCCUUGAUGAGGCUCUUAGCAACAACGACGUGCGCUCUCUGUUCGUUCGGUACCUUGAGCAGAACGAAAAACUACAUGUCUUGAGUGUAUUUGAAGCAAUCAACGAAUUGAGGUCACCAUUAUGCACUUUGGAUCUUGAGAGCCCAGACUCUCUAGAGUUUGCUAAUUCUGAUAAUAUUAGAUCUGUCUUCGAUAACCACCUAAUUCACAGUGAAACACUUGAAUCGCUGAUCCCCGCCAUACGCUCAGUAUACCGUGGCAUAGAAGAUGAGACCACAAUCGCUUCUGCAAAAUCAGAGUUGAUCUCCAUCUGGCUGAAACUGAACGCUGAAUUAAUCUCCGUUCUUUAUCCGUCGUUCCUUCAAAAUGUUGAAAACGAAGCAGCACCUUAUCUGGUGGAUACGUAUGCUCUGGCUGACCAAUCAAUCUUGACAACUGAAAAUUCACAGUUAGAGGGGGAUGUAACAGAGGCAUCUAUUAGCCCUGCUGUUAUUGAUGCUGUCGAAAAGUCACUUGAGCAAAUCAUCAACACGAAGGCACAAACGCCAGGCAGUUCGGAAAUAUCCAGAAACGAAAGUACCUUGACACUCAAAAAUUUGGCCUCUCCUAUGUCAAGCUCGAGCAGAUCAAACUCGCCAACAUUGAAAGAUCGCUUGCCCGCUGCCCCUGCUAUGAACCAGUCAGGUAUAUUUGAGUCGCUAGACAAACUGGAAUCUGAAUCUGAGCUUUCAGAUAGCUUUAUUAAUUCUGAUUCUGAAGAAUCCAAAUUAGGUGGUUCUGAGAUCUUGAGAGCAGCGCCUGGCGAUCUUAGCUUGGCGGAGAAAUUAACAACGAUCUCCCAGGAUAUUAAGAACCUUCGUGAACAAAACGAAAUUUUACUUCCUUUACUUAAGAAGGCAGAGUUAACGAACAAUGUUUCCGAAAUAACGAUUCUCAAGCGCUCAAAGCAGGGUUUGGAGAGGGAGAUCGCCUCAAAAGAGCUCCAACGACAGCAUUGGAUUAUCCAAGAAAAUGAAAACAGUUUGUUCGGGAAGUCCAGGAUACAGAUCUCGUCCUAUAUGACUGAAACGAAGAAUGGUUCUGAUUACGUGCUCUAUAUUGUUGAGGUGCAAAAGUUUUCCAACGAUGAUCCAAACGAAGUCACAGCAGGUUGGGUGGUGGCCAGAAGGUUUAGUCAGUUCUACCAACUCAACGAGUAUCUCAAAAAGAAAUCAUCUAAAGUCUCCAAUAUCAAGUUCCCAAAGAAGGCUGUCCUCAACUUUCAAAAGAAGCAGCUUCUAGAGUUAAGAAAAAGGGGCCUCGAGCAGUACUUGCAGCAACUCCUCACUAUACCCGAGGUAUGUUCCGACCCGAUUUUGAGGUCAUUUCUAUCAUCUGAAAACUUCCUGUUCAGCUCUCUUAAGAAGCCGAAGAAGAAUCUAGACGAUAUUCUUGGUUCUCUUUCCUUAAGUUUUUCGGAUCAUGAUAAUUCAAAAUACCCCGAGGUGGAGAUGAGUACCACCACUGAAUUCAUGGAAAGCAUAAAGGAGAUGCAAAGUGAGUUGAAGCAGUUUGAUGAGUCCCAGAAGUACACUUCUGGCAAGGUGCCUUUUGUAAAGCCAAUUUCAGACUUGUUGAUCGAUGUUUUCGAUUUGGGGUCCUCCAAAAGUUGGAUAAGAGGCAGAGCACUCCUUAUUCUUUUGCAGCAGGUGCUCGGAUCUGCCAUUGAAAAGAAGAUACGCUCUUCAAUGCGAAACAUCUUGAAUGACGAAGCUAUGAUUCUCAAUGUCAUUGGUAACUUGAAGGACACUGUGUUUCCAAACGGGCGCUUCAAAGACCCUCCAAUCGUCCGAAGCGAGGCCCUUCAGGAGAAGACUCGGAGUGAAGCAAGAGCUAUAUUUGAGGUUUACAUGGAGGAGACGUGUGGAAAAGUCUUCGGUAACGGAAACACCAAGGUUCGCUCCAGAGUGUUGUUCGAGCUAUUCCAAAACGAUUUCAUCAACAAACUGCUCAUAUUUCAGCUUCUAGAUCAGCUUGUCAAAGAGUUGUUCCCAUGA